GUCCGAGCGCGUCCUCCUUCGCUUCGCAGUGUUCGGGACACCUGCUCGCCCCUCGCGUCUGGCGCCGCUGGGGCUCCCCUGCCAGGCUCCCCGGUUCCUCCAAGCUCGCAGAGCAGGGAGAAGGGCUGGGACGCCCCGGACCCGGACCCGGCCCGGAGCCCGCUGCGCGCCGCUGAGCCGUCGCGGGGCGAGAUGAGCGCGGACGCGGCGGCCGGGGCGCCCCUGCCCCGGCUCUGCUGCCUGGAGAAGGGGCCGAACGGCUACGGCUUCCACCUGCAUGGGGAGAAGGGCAAGGUGGGCCAGUACAUCCGGCUGGUGGAGCCCGGCUCUCCGGCCGAGAAGGCGGGGCUGCUGGCCGGGGACCGGCUGGUGGAGGUGAACGGCGAGAACGUGGAGAAGGAGACCCACCAGCAGGUGGUGAGCCGCAUCCGCGCCGCGCUCAACGCCGUGCGCCUGCUGGUGGUCGACCCCGACACGGACGAGCAGUUCAGGAAGCUCGGAGUCCAGAUCCGGGGGGAGCUGCUACGCGCCCAGGCGGGGCCGGAGCAGGCCGGGCCGCCGGCCGCCCCCGGCGAGCAGGGCCCGGCCGGUGAGAACGAGCCGCGCGAGGUCGAGAAGAGCCACCCGGAGCGGCGCGAGCUCCGGCCUCGGCUCUGCGCCAUGAAGAAGGGCCCCAACGGCUACGGCUUCAACCUGCACAGCGACAAGUCCAGGCCGGGCCAGUUCAUCCGCGCCGUGGACCCAGACUCCCCGGCUGAGGCCUCGGGGCUCCGGGAGCAGGACCGCAUCGUGGAGGUGAACGGGGUCUGCGUGGAGGGCAAGCAGCAUGGGGACGUGGUGACUGCCAUCAAGGCCGGCGGGGAUGAGACCAAGCUGCUGGUGGUGGACAAGGAGACCGACGAGUUCUUCAAGAAAUGCAAAGUGGUCCCAUCUUCUGAGCACCUCAACGGUCCCUUGCCUGAGCCCUUCACCAAUGGGGAGAUACAGAAGAACAACCCUGAGACCCUGGCCCCAGCGGCCUCGGAGAGCCCCAGGCCAGCCCUGGCAAGAUCCGCCUCCAGUGACACCAGCGAGGAGCUGGCUUCCCAAGACAGCCCCAAGAAAGAGGACUCCACGGCCCCCUCCUCGACCUCCUCCUCCUCCGACCCCAUCCUGGACUUCAGCAUCUCGCUGGCCGUGGCCAAGGAGAGGGCCCACCAGAAGCGCAGCAGCAGACGGGCCCCCCAAAUGGACUGGAGCGAGAAAAAGGAGCUUUUCAGCAACCUCUGAGCGCCCCGGCCGCCCACCCCCCGUCACCUCCUCUCCGCCCGAUUCUCCAGUCCCCAGCCGCCCACCCUCCUUCACCUCCUCUCCGCCCACUUCUCCAAUCCCUGGCCGCCCACCCCACCUCACCUCCUCUCCGCCCGCUUCUCCAGUCCCCGGCCGCCCACCCUACCUCACCUCCUCUCCGCCCCGCUUCUCCAAUCACCCUCGAAUCGAUCUACAGAUCAGCACCAGUGCCCCGUUCCUGGCCAUGUGACUUUUUUAGAGAACUGUGCACUUCCCUGCCUCGAGGAAGGCAAAUGCUUUUCUGCCCUACCCCAUCAAACAGCAGCAGACUCUGUCCCUCUGCUCCCGCGUGGCUCUGCCUGGGACGGCACCGGGACCUGCUUUAGGCGAGGAUGGUGGCACCAGGCACGUGGUCCUCUUCCCUCACAACCCCACAAGGGACCAGGGGACUUUGCGGCAGCCACAGCUCACCUCGCGGGGCGUCCGUCGUCCUGACAGCUGUGGCUGGCUUGCACCUCUUGUUUUUGUUGAUUUUUUUUUUUAAGGGUGCACAUCAGUUUAGAGAGACGUUCAUUUCCUUGAUUAACGUGAUUUUCC